GUGACAUAAAAAUGUCAAUAAAUUAAAAAUUUGAAAUGGCUUUGCCCAAAAUAUUUGGCCGGAUAUUACCCCAAAUUUCAAUAUAUCAAUCCCAAAAAAUUAAGACAUUCGUUAGUCCAAGACCUAUUCAAAAUUUUGCCUUAAAACAUCUGGAAAGGCAUUAUACGGAUGCAAAUUGCAAACCACCACCUCCACCACCUCCUCCUCCAGCUACCAAAGGAUGUCUACUGAAAUGCCAGGUUGCCAUUGUCACCGGAGCCACGGCUGGCAUAGGCCUGGAAGUAGCAAGAGAAAUUUUGGCUCAAGGCGCUAGAUACGGUACAGUUUUGGGCACCUAUCUGGGAUUAAACUACAUGGGCACUCAUAACUGCUUUGGUAACGGAGGCACUAUUAUCAAUGUCUCUGGACUUCUUGGUGGAGUAAUACCAAUGGUUUGCAGUCCGGUUUACGCAGGUGGAAAACAUUUUGUUAUGGGAUUUGCAAGAGCUCUUGGUAAUGAUUUUUACAAAAUUACAAACGUUAGGAUGAUGGCUAUAUUUCCUGGAUUUACCAUCACUGAUUUAUCUGAUCCUAAGCAAAUGGCUGCAAAGGCUGGUUAUAAAGAUUUUGGGGACGCUGGUGCAAUAUAUGCAAAGGGAACCAGUGAUAUGCCUAAACAAAAAUGUGAAAAAAUCUGUUUCCCGGACUGGAGGACGCUGAGGUAUCCACCAAAAAUGGUACCACCUAAACCUAGGUUCUCAGAACCUAGUCAUGGCGAAGAUCCGCCUUUAAAGGAAAAAUGCGAGGUUCCGAAAAUUGAUCCUUGCGCUUGCCCGCCCAGAAGAAGUCCUUGCGAUCCUGAACCACCUGCCCCACCUGCCCCACCUGCCACAACUGCCCCACCGCAGCAUCCAAAAAAGGAACCCUCUAAACCCAAGCCGACAACGAAAAAAGCAGAAAAUCCCAAAGAAGAUUGUUGCCGUAAAAUUAAAAAACGUGAAGAAGAUCCCUGCAAUCCAUCAGUCAAGAAAGAUUGCUGUAAAAAGAAGAAAGAUGAAUGUGAUGAUCCUUGUGGUAAAAACAUAAAUUAUAUAAUAAAAUAUGUCCACAAAACAAGCAACAGAAAAUUGUCAACCUGCAAAGAAGAUGACGAACCUCCCAUCUGCAAAUGUAAAGUGGCCAUCGUUACCGGAGGAGGAAAUGGCAUUGGUGAUUCAAUUGUUAGACAUCUUGUUAUGAAUGGAACUAAAGCAGUCAUAGUUGCAGAUACAAAUGAAAAAGUUUCCCUUGAAAAUAUGUCUAAGUUAAAUAAAGAAUUUGGCGAGGAUAAGGUUCUUUUUCAAAAAUGCGAUGUUUCUAAUCGGGAGGAUUUAGAACGUAUGUACAAUUUAAAUAACCAAAAUAUUAUUUAUUUGAUAAUUUCAGAGGUUUUUGAAUGUACGAAAAACAGAUUUCACAAAGUGGAUAUAGUUGUUAACAAUGCCGGUAUUUUGGCUGACUGUAUGUGGGAGAAAACAAUAUGCGUAAAUAUUUAUGGAACUGUUUUGGGAACACUUCUUGGAUUCGAAUAUAUGGGAAACCACAACUGCUGUGGCAAUGGUGGUGUUAUUAUUAACGUGGCAUCUAUAUUGGGCCUUCAACCAUGCCAUGGGAGUCCGGUGUAUACAGGAAGCAAACAUUUUAGUGUUGGUUUUACUAGAUCAAUAGGAGAUAAAUGGUUUUACAAUAAGACAGGUGUCAAAGUAAUGGGGUUAUUACCUGGUGUUGUGACAACAGAAAUGACAGAUAAUCAAAGAAUGAUCGAUAUGGGAGGUUAUCAGGAUAUUGGCGAAGCUGGUAAAGAGUUAGCCAAAGCAUUAGGAGCACUACCUGCGCAAUGUCCCGAUGAAUGUGGUAAAUGUGUAAUUGAAAUACUCAAAAUUGGUAAAACUGGCGAACUAUACAUAUCUGAAAACAAGGAGUGCUACAGGGUGGAAAUUCCAGAUCGUAAGACCAUGAGGGCUAAAGACUCAAAAUCAGGUCCAAAGUCUUGUACUCCUGCUAAAAGUAGCGGUGGUAGUAGUGGAGGCGCUCCGCCCUCAAAAUGCGGGCCGUCAUCAUCAGGAGCUAAAGACUGCAAGCCAUCAAAAGUCGGUGCUAACUGUCCAACGCCGGAAGACAAAAAGGCAGUAGCAGAGACAGCCUGUAAACCCAAAGAAGAUCCAAGCAAAAAAGCUAAAGUAGAUUGUUCCACCGACAUCAAAAAGGAAGAAACAAAAAAAAAGAAAUGUUAAAAUUAUGUAACUAAAAACAAUAAAGCAUGUGUCAAC